AUGUCUGGGGCAUCAUCAACAUCAACCCCACAAUUGACUCCUCAGUUCUGCUUCAAUGAGAGGAAUCUCAAUGCCCUGGUCACCCCGGCCCGGGAGGGGUUUGAUCCCUCGUCAACUGCAAUCCGUCAAACGGACUCCAGAGCCGGAAGGCCGAUAGAUACCGCAGCAUGCCGGAACUUCAAAGACAAUGUCCUCUUCCAGUCAUGGCAAACGCGAUCUGAUGUACUGAACUUUUGCGCUGGGGUGGCGACCAGUCCCGAUCCCGACGAUCCGGAUCUUAUUCUUCGACAGGAAGAGUCGGCAAAGGAACGGGAAAAGAUUGUCGAUGAAAGAUUGGAUCCUUACUCUGCUCGAUAUUUCCCGAAAGAGCUGAGGACAGAGUCGCUUGCGAACUUGGUUCGGAACCAACGAACAGUGGAAGAGAUCAUACGAGCGCGAACCUGGGGCGUAGUUACUGAGAGGUGCAGUGAUUCGGCUUCGACCUGGGAGGAGGCUUUGAACAAUUGGCGCCAGAGGAAGCAACGGUGA